GGCGGGUGAUCGUAUCAAAGACUUAUUCAUCGGUAUUGAUGUAUGGGGCCGAAAUUUCUACGGAGGUGGACAAUUUAACAUACAAGAGGCAGUUGACAUUGCUCAUGAAAAUGGGUGCUCAUUAGCAAUAUUUGCACCAGCGUGGACUCACGAGGCAAUGUCCACUGACAAAAGUGAUGUUAACACGGUAGCCAUGUCGGACGAUUUGGAUAUGUACGAACACUUCUUGCUCAGAGACCGUGCCCUGUGGGAUAGUAUAUGGGAUUAUUUAAACACUAGACUACCGUGUACUUUGCCAUUCAAAACUUCGUUUUGUAGAGGGCAAGGGAAGAAAAGACGACUUUAUGGAGAGGUACUAUGUCCUGUACCGUGGUACAAUUUACGACAUAUGCAGUACCAACCUAAUUCUUCACAUGGCCCGCACGGAUACCUUUUAUCGACAAUAGAUCGUAUUAUACAUGCCUCACGCUAUGGUAUUCAUAGAAAUUCCAAAAGUAUAAUUAGAUAUAAAGCGGACGAGAACUCUCAAGAACCGCAUGUUGAAUUACAAGCCGUUAAAAGCUUAGAAGAAGAUAUACAAAAAAGUGGAGUUAUACCAAAAUCAGACAGUAUAACCGCACUCACAGAGGAAGGUAAUGAGAAUGAAAUUGUAGACAGACAUGUAAACGAAAGCAAUUCAAAGAGUGUUAAGAGAAAGAUCAAGAAUGCUUUUAAACAUAUGUUUCGAAUAAAAACUUCGAAAAGAGAAGAUGAACUAGAAGAAGAACCCACUCUAGAACCCAAACCUGUCGAUGAACAAAUGAAACUUGAGACUCACCAAGAGCAAGAUAUGGAAAAUGUGUUUGAUUCCAAUAAACCCUUAAUUAUUAAAGACGAACGUCAAGUUACAUUAGAUUUGAAGCCAGCUUCAGCAAGUAAUGCCGAACAAGCACAGGAAAACAAUGUCAUUGAUCAACAGGAUCAACAUGAAGAACGAGACCAAGACGUGGAAAAUGAAGAGUUAGAAGAAGAUAAUGAUGAAAUCGAGUCAAGGGUCAUUAAGGGAAGAUCUAUGGUUCAGGUUUCGAUCAACAUAAAAUUAAAAGACACUUCUGAGAGAACUCGUUAUGGGCUUGCUUACAUUGCGGAGGAAUUAGAAUGCCUCGAAGUUUAUUUUGAUGAUAGUUUUAUUGGUGGCUCAUGUCUAAAGGUUAAUCCUUCGGAUUCGGUGUCACCAAAACACAGAUUAAUAAGAAUAUUCCAUUGUGACUUUUUUUGUGAGGAGUAUUUGAUUGUUUGUGUAGUGACCAAACAUUUGCGUGGAUUCGAGGAACAGUUUUUGAAUAUAAAGUUUUUCAUGACAGAUGCUCAUGAUCAGGAGCACAGAAUUGUCUUGAUCGGGCGCAACUUGCCUCACGCGCAGCACCCCCAGGAAAGCGCUAGCUGCUUUGUAAAUCUGUAUCCUGUAAAUAUGAGCUCUGACACUGACACUGAAUUUAAAGAUAUUCAAAAAUACUUGUUGUUGAAUAAACCAGAUUACUAUGUUCCAGUUGAGAACUCUUAUGAUUGGAUUGUAAGAUAUUAUGAAAUACACCUGCCGGGGUCCAGAGUGACAUCUAUUAACUGUGACACAGGUCUAGCUCAGGGGCCAAUUUUACUGGGUCACUUGGGGAUUUGUCCCAGAUUGAGUGCUAGAUUCUAAUAGAGACGUUCCAAAAGUGUCUCUUAACACGUCGCUAAAAUACUAAAAGAACACUGCAGGCAUCAUGCAGCAUACUACAGUUUUCCGUUAUUUGCUAUAAGUGUAAAUUUAUUUUUCAUAAGAAAAAUGGGAGUUAAUGGGACAAUAUGAUUGAGUCAAGUACCUCGGUAUUUUGUGUACAAGUAGUAGGUAGGUACUAGUGUGUAAGUAAGUGCGAAUAAAACUCUCGACAGUGAUCUUAAGUCACCGAUAGCUUGUCUAAUCUGCCGGAUCUGUUUGAUGCGCACUCGAGCGGUGCGUAGUGCAGGCGCACGCUGCCGCGCUCGUGACAGUGCUGCGGUGACAGGUGGACACAGCCACGA